UGCCGGAGGAGGUGGGCAGCGAUUGGGCGGUGCCCGGUGGCGCCCGAGUGAGGCGCGGGUGCGGGAGCGGGAGUUCCGGCGGGAGGCCCGCGCUGAGGGCCGGCGUCUUCACCAUGGUCUCGGCUGAGCUGGACUACACCAUCGAGAUCCCGGAUCAGCCCUGCCGGAGCCGGGAGAGCAGCCCAGAGCAAGGGAGGAAGGAGGCUGGGACUCGACAGCCUGUGGUGAUUCUCUUGGGCUGGGGUGGCUGCACAGACAAGAACCUUGCCAAGUACAGCGCCAUCUACCAUAAAAGGUGGUCAGCCCAGCCUCUGUGUGCUCCCCAGUUGUGGAGUGUGCUCCCUGUGGCAGCAGGAGCCUGGCUGGUUGUGCUGGGUGGAGCCAGUACUCCUAGGACUUUCUCCUCUAACCAGGGCUGCAUUGUGAUCCGAUACACAGCCCCAUGGCACAUGGUCUUCUUCUCCGAGUCCCUGGGCAUCCCUUCACUUCGUGUUUUGGCCCAGAAGCUGCUUGAGCUACUCUUUGAUUACGAGAUUGAGAAGGAGCCCCUGCUCUUCCAUGUCUUCAGCAACGCCGGUGUCAUGCUGUACCGCUACGUGCUGGAGCUCCUGCUCACCCAUCGGCGCUUCUGCCACCUGCGUGUGGUGGGCACCAUCUUUGACAGCGGUCCUGGUGAUAGCAACUUGGUGGGGGCUCUGCGGGCCCUGGCGGCCAUCCUGGAGCAUCGGCCUGCCGUGCUGCGCCUGCUGCUCCUGGUGGCCUUUGCCCUGGUGGCAGUCCUGUUCCAUAUCCUGCUCGCUCCACUCACCGCCCUCUUCCACACCCACUUCUAUGACAGGCUCCAGGACUCAGCCUCUCGCUGGCCCGAGCUCUACCUCUAUUCGCGGGCUGACGAGGUGGUCCUGGCCAGGGACGUGGAACGCAUGGUGGAGACACGCCAGGCACACCACGUCCUGGUGCGCUCUGUGGACUUUGUGUCAUCUGCACACGUCAGCCACCUCCGUGACUACCCUACUUACUACUCGAGUCUCUGUGUCAACUUCAUGCGCAGCUGUGUCCAAUGCUGAGCUCUGGGCCUCCCCUCACCUCUGCUCCAGAAAUAAAUGCCUGACACCUCCCCACAACCUACAUCGUGGGGCCCUCUUCUGGUUCAACUCUCUGUGGUCAUUUGGGACUUUGUGGUCCCCCAAGUAGGAAAUUCCCAUUAGCCUCUGUCUUGGGAACUACUGGUAGUCUGCCUACCCCAGGAUCCUAGGGGGUGGGAAUACCUGGGCAUGUCUCUGUGGGAGCCUUGCAGUUGGUUGUAUUUCGACAAGCGCAGGUCAGGUGAGGCUGCUGAUCCCUGUGGCAUUUAGACUAUAAAGGGCUAUCGAAGAGGGGAGGGUUGAGGAUGAGCCUGAGUUGAUUUUUGAUUCCGUGAAUGGAAGGUGAGCUUUGUGGGAGGUGCCAGAGGGUAGGGUCAGUCUGGAGGCAGGGGCUACGAUCUAUGCUCCAAGGCCCCAGAAAGGCAAAGCUGUACAGCAUAAAGCCCCAUUCCCAUGGGUCCCACUUGGCAUUUCUUUCAGAGGCUUCUCUGACCUCAUUGCCAGGGAGUCUCAGGUUGAAGCCUGGUGAGAAGCUGAGGAUGCAGCAUGAGGGGCCUGUCCUGGUUCAUGAACCUUUGCUAGGAAGUCACUGGAUUCAGAAAGUUGCAAGCUGUGUGCAUAUUGGGCAGAUGGAGUAGGGAGCAGGAAGGCAGCAGUGCUGUAAUGGGAGCUGGGGCAAGCUAACUUGAGCCCUUGGAGACCAGCACCAGGGUAAGGGGCCUUUUGGCUGAAACAACAAACUCCUUCAUCUCCUUGAGGGACACCCACUUGGAUACCCUCAAGGCAGAAGGGCUGGCUUCAGCCUUAUAUGUCUAUCAUCUAUCAUUCUAUAAGUCAUGCUGGACACUGCUGGAACAUAGUAGGUAUUCAAUAAAUACUUGUUGAUUGAAUGAGCUUACUGUGGUGAUCAAGGGGCUUGGUGACUGGACUGGGCUUUGAAAGUUUGGCAGGCAUGUGAAGGAGAUGGCUAGACAAGCUCUGGGUUAGGGGUGGGAGCUGACCCCGAUAUGCUCAGGGAUGACUGACCCUCAGUCCCCAGAGCCAAGCUCUAUCUGCAUCAGCCCUCUGGAGUCCCCACUACUGCUGCAGCCAAUUCCUAUGCUGGGUGGAUGCAUUCCUAGCCACAGCCAACAGGUGGCACUGCUGCCUGUGCCAUGAGUGCUCAAGGAUCCCACAGCAGGAUGGGCUUCAGUGGAAUGCCCUCACUCUGGGUUAAUGUCCCCUAUUAGAGAGCAUAUGGCCCCCAGGGUGGGGGUAACCAUCAUCAAGAACCUACUGAACCCAAGGCAGGGAAGGGGAGAGUAGAGACCUAAAAGGAGCCAGCCUGAUGGGAAGCGGGCAUUCAAGAUCCUCCCUUUCAUCUCUCCACUGCCCUCAUCCCCUACCCACUUUUCUCAACCUGCAUCUUUCCCAAGCCCUCAGUCAUCCAUCACUGGGGCUGCUCCACC